AGAAUAUCCGCGGAUGAGAUAAACGAAAGGCACAGCAUGGUUUACAGUUUUGACCAACCUGGAGCUGAGGCGUUGUUAUCCCCACCAUCUCGUCAAAUGACUGAGUUUUGUUUGUAAAUCCGACUUUUCCCUCUUCACUUCAGCACCCGUUUGUCGCCGCCCCGUUGAAAAUGGGGCACGGCAGCUCCCGAGUUGUCACCUCCGGCUAUGACGACGCCCACCACCGUCCCUCUCGGCUAUCUCGAUUCCGUCGGCGAUUCAGGUCCGACCGCCCCAGUCACGGUUCUGACCCUCCGUUCCUUAAGAACAUCUCCGCCAACGAUUUUGCAGGGAUAGCUCGGAUCGAGAUCAUCUGUGCAGAGAUGCAGUUCAAGGACCGGUGGAUGGCUUGCUUCUCGUUGGGAGAGCGGACGUACCGCACAGAGAUCUCGGAUCACACUGAGAAGCCCAUCUGGAAAUCAGAAAAAAAGGUUCCGCUGGAAAGGGAUGGACCUCAUGUAGCUCGUAUAUCUGUUUUUGAGACAAACAGGUUAUCCAGGAAUAAUCUGGUUGGCUAUUGUGAGAUUGAUCUCUUUGAAGUUCUGAGUCUUGAAUCCGAGGAUAACAUGGAGGUACUGAACCUCUUAGAUCCAUCAUCAGCUAAUAUGAUCGUGGGUACUAUUUCAAUUCUGUGUUAUGUUGAGGAUCCAAUUGAAACAGAAAAAUCCUUUGCACACCGUAUCUUAUCAAUUGUGGAUCUAAACAGUGAUGGUCAACUAUCAUAUUCUGAAUUUGCUGAGUUGAUCAAUGCAUUUGGUAAUCAAACAGCAGCAAGUAAGACAAAAGAUCUCUUUGAGCAAGCAGACAAGAAUGGUGAUGGCGUAGUUGACUUAGAUGAGUUGUCUACACUUUUAGCUGUUCAUCAGGAAAGCGAACCGCUGAUCGGUAACUGUCCUGUAUGUGGUGAGGAUCUUGGGAAGUUUGACAACUUGAAUGAUAUGAUCCAUAUGUCUUUAUGUUUUGAUGAGGGUACUGGGAAUCACAUUAUGACCGGUGGAUUUCUAACCGAUAAACAAGCAUCUUAUGGGUGGCUAUUCAAAAUUAGUGAGUGGGCCCAUGUUUCAUCAUAUGACAUUGGACUGCGUUCUGGAUCCAGUGCCUCCCAUAUUCUGGUGAUUGAUAGAAGGACAAAGGGUUUGGUUGAGGAAAUAAUAGAUGGAAAGAUAGUUCUCUCCAUGAGAGCAAUAUACCAAUCAAAAGUUGGCUUGACACUGAUAAAUGCAGGAGUCAAGGAGUUAUUACAAAGCAUCUCGGACAAGCAAGGGAAGAAGAUGAAUUCUAUUGAGUCUGCAGAAGACAUACCCAAGUUCAUUGAGUUUUUCAGUGGUCAACUUAAUAUGGAUGAGGCCAAGUAUCCAAUUGAGCAUUUCAAGACCUUCAAUGAGUUUUUUAUUCGAGAACUGAAACCUGGUGCAAGACCUAUUGCUUCUGUUGGACGUGAUGACAUAGCUAUUUGUGCAGCUGAUAGCCGUCUGAUGGCUUUUAAUUCUGCAAAAGAGAGCUUAAGGUUUUGGAUUAAGGGCCGAAAAUUCUCAAUUCAAGGCCUUCUUGGGAAGGAUGUAAACUAUAAUGAGUUUGUUGAUGGAUCUUUAGUAAUUUUUCGACUCGCUCCACAGGACUACCACCGGUUCCAUGUUCCUGUAUCUGGGACAAUUGAGAGUUUUCAUGAAAUUCCAGGAUACUUGUACACAGUGAAUCCAAUUGCUGUAAACAGCAAAUACUGUAAUGUCUUUACAGAGAAUAAGCGGGUUGUCUCUGUCAUCUCGACAUCAGAAUUUGGGAAGGUGGCAUUCAUUGCAAUAGGAGCUACAAUGGUAGGGAGUAUCACCUUUACCAAGGAAAAGGGUGACUAUGUCCAUAAGGGAGAUGAGUUUGGGUAUUUCUCAUUUGGUGGAAGCACGGUGAUAUGCAUCUUUGAAAAGCAUUCUAUAGAGAUAGAUGAAGAUCUUCUCUCAAACAGUGAAAGGUCUCUCGAGACGCUAGUUGCCGUAGGUAUGAGACUGGGCAUCUCCAAAAGGUCUGGAAGAAUUGAAGAACCGCCAACAAUGGAGACAAGCAAGUUAGAAGAUGAUGAGAGUGGAAUGGAGAAGUAGAAAGGUAAAAGUUUGUCUACACUAUUUAAAAAAAAAAGUGCUAGUGUGGAUAUCUUAAUACAUUUGAUAUUUGCUUCUUUUCAUGAAAGUGCUUGUAUUUGUUAUGCUACGGGAUAAUAAAUUAUGAAGUGUCUCCAAACAAAUAUUAUUUUAACAAACAUUUAGAGCCAA